AUGCUUGGCAUGAUGCAACUCGCUAAGAAGAUUGACUUUGAGAACCCGGACGUUUUGUUUUGGGUCAGAGUUGGGUACUUGGGAUGUCAAGCAGUAGCAUUGGCAAUCUAUUUUAUCACCAAAGCUAAGAUCAACUCUAAGAACGAUUUGACUACUUUGAAGUAUGUUGAACCUGCUAAUCCUAUGAGUGGAGAAUCCGAACCCAAGGCUGUUGUUACUACUGUUAAGGAAUAUGAUUUGAAACAAGUUGAUGCUGCUUUAAAAGGUGUUUUCCAAGGUUUGGCUAUGAUGGGAUUCAUGCAUUUGUAUAUGAAAUAUACCAACCCACUUUUCAUGCAAACCAUUUCUACUGUUAAGGGAGCUUUAGAAACCGACAUUGUUAAGAUUCAUCUUUUCGGUGUUCCAGCCUCUGGAGACUUGAAGAGACCUUUCAAGGCUGCUCCUAACUUGUUGCAACAAUUAACUGGUGCUGGUGCCGGUGUCAAGACCGAUAAGGCUUCUAUUGAUGCUGCUGAAGUCAGUGGUGCUGGUGGUGUCAAGGAAGAUUAA